UGUUGUGUGCUGCGCGGGGACGGCCGAGCGCCCAGGAGAGCGGUGAGAACACUGCUGCGAGUAUGCGCGAGGACGAGCCGGUGCUGGGAGCGGACGAGGCGGAAGAGUGCCGCCAGCCGUCCGCCAUCAACCUGAGCACGCCGCGUGGCAGGACGCCGGACCACCUCGACUACGCCGACUCGAACGCCGGCUCGGUGAUUCGUGUGAGCAGCAGCAAGACGGACCACUCGACGCCGUUGUCGAUUAAGAGUCAUGACUCCAGCUCCGGCGCAGCCCCGAUGAUGAUGCCCCCCGGGCUACAGCACAUGCAGCAUCUCAUACAGCAACACCUCAGCCCUGCGCAGUUCCAGAACUUCUUCCAGCAGCAGGGACUUCUCAUGCAACAACAGCAUCACCAGCUGGCGGAGCUAAACAAAAAGCAGCUGGAGGACGCCGUUCGACAGCUCCAAGAACAGCUGCAGCUCAUCAUGUACCAACAGAAUCAGGCCGUGCACGACAAGAGCAAGUCAGCGGCGCUCUCGCUGCACCAGUCGCAGCUAAUGCAGCAGCUGCAGCUGCUCCAGCAGCGCUACCUGCUGCAGCAGGCCGCCUCCUGCCCCGACCGGCACUGUCCCCUGAGUUCGCGUGAUGUCAGUAUCUACCUGACCUCGGGUCGUGACCUCACCUCAUCCCCUGACCUGGCCUGA